AUGUACAACAGACCCACCGAAACCGAUGUUUUCAGUUUCAUACCCUUCUCCGUUAGCAGUUUAUUCGAAAACCGUUAUAUCACUCCUCCUAAAGAUCCUUACUAUGAGUUGAAUGAUAAGGAUUGUCGUAAAUUUAUUGGUUCCUGCAAUGGAUUGGUUUGCUUGCUUGGUUAUUCUCUCGCCGAUCAUAGUGCAGUUAUGUGGUUUCGUUUUUGGAACCCUGCCACCAGGAAAAUUUCUGAUAAAUUAGGAUAUUUGCAUGAUGACAAUUAUAGACGGAACUCUUGGAUGUUUGUGUUUUGUUUUGAUAAUUCAACCGACACAUAUAAGGUUGUGGCCUUGAAUUGUGAAGAUGUUUUCAAAAAACCUGAGGUUAAAAUGAGCAUUUUUAGUUUGGGUGAUAAUGUUUGGAGAAGUAUUCAAUGUUUAACUAAUUGUGUUGGCGCCCUCUCUUUAUCUCCUUAUUCAAGUGUCUAUGGUGGUGUACAUUUCAGUUGCACCGUUAAUUGGUCGGCCCCCUCUCUAUGGACUCCUAAUUGUGUUUUUAAAACUGUGAUUGUUUCCCUUGAUCUAGGUACUGAGACAUACACAAAGUUGAUGCCCCCUCCAAGUUGUGAGAAGGUGUCAUGUGCAUAUGCAAGUGUUUGUGUGUUGAUGAACUCCUUUUGUUUUUAUCAUAACACGAUCAACGGAACCAAUUUUGUUAUAUGGAAGAUGACAAAAUUUGGGGAUGACAAGUCUUGGAUUCCAUUCCUUAAAUUUAACCACCAUAAUCUUGGAGUGAAUUAUGAAAUUAGAUUUGCUGAGUUAAUCCCAUUGCAUCUUUUUGAAAAUGGCGAUACACUUUUAUUUUCAAACAGUCUACAAGACCGAGCAAUUCUCUAUAAUUGGAGAAAUAAUAUAGUAUUGAAACCUAAAGUUAAAAAUAAGGGAAGCGGGUUCUCUAUCAAGGGUUAUGUUGAAAGUUUGGUUUCAACUUGUUGA